AUGGUCCUCGAUGAUGACGAAGAGGCAAAUCGAAUCACACAUAAUGAGAUGAUCCAAAGUCGGGUCAAUAUCCAGAAUAACGUGAUCAACCGUCGCCGGGUAAGGCUUUGAAUAUAUGUUUGGUGUUUUAGACAAAAAAUGAAAAGAUAGCUAGAUUCUGACUCACAUCAAUUGCCUUCGGAGCCGUUCUUUUAGCCCAAUCAACUCUUUUCUCCAUUUUCAUUCCUUUAUUAAUAAUUUUACCAGGCUAUAUUCUUUAUUCUGCCUAAAAGCGACGUUUUAUCGCCAGAUUAAUAUUACUCGUUGUGUUCUAUUUUCAUAAAUUUUGUUUAAAUGUUUUAUUUUAGGAACAACUGCAAGCCUGGGAAGGGUCGGAAAUGAAUAGGUUACCAGUGGUUAGGAACCCCCCAAACAGAGCAAAAGUGAAAUUUCAGGUUUGUACAACAGAAAAUGAGUAUUCCUUGUUUAGGACAGCGACAUCUUUUUCAGCGCCUGUGUCAGCGGGGAUGAAGAAGAGGUGGCUGAACUUCUCUCCAAAGGGGCUAAUGUUAAUACAACCACGAUAGACGGGGUUACUGCUCUCCAUCAAAGUGUCAUUGAUGGUAAUUUUGACAUGGUCAAGUUUCUUGUUGAACAUGGAGCGGAUAUCAACGCUCAGGACAACGAAGGAUGGACCCCUCUUCAUGCGGCUGUUUGUUGUGGCAAUAUAAAUAUUGUAGAAUAUUUGUGUGACAGAGGGUCUGACAUAACGAUAACCAACACAGACAAAGAAUUGCCUGUUGACUUGGCCGAGGAUGAUAAGAUGAAACAAUAUCUGGAGGAGAAGAUGGAGAGAAAUGGCCUGACUGCUGAGGAAUGCAGAGGGAGGGAAGAAAAGGUUAUGUUGAAGGAUUGUAUGGACUGGAUCAGGAAUGGAGCUUAUCUCGACAAACCUCAUCCUAGGACCGGAGCUACUGCUUUGCAUGUGGCUGCCUCAAAGGGUUACAAUAAACUUAUUUGUAUGUUUUUUGGUUUUGGUCAUUGCCUUUGUAUUUUUUAAUUAUGUAGUGUUUAUUUUUUAGCAUUGUUGGUACAAGCUGGAGCUGAUGUUAAUGCGAGAGAUUUUGAAGGUUGGACUCCUUUGCACGCCGCAGCUCAUUGGAGCGAAAAAGAAGCCUGUCGGAUUCUGAUAUCCCGAGGAGCCGAUGUAAACGCCGAAUCUAUAACGGUAAAUUAAUAUUGUUAGUUUGAAAUUUUUUAGGGUCAAAAUGUUUUACGGGUAGCGGAUUCCAAUAUAUUAGAAGCCUUGGAACAAAUGGUAGAAGAGUUCUCGUCCAGGAAGAACACUUCUCCUUUAGAUCAAUUGGAUAUGAAUGCGGAAAUGGACAAGGUUGUACAGUCUAAUGUGAAUAGUCAUUCAAGUGGCAAACGGUAGGAUCAGACUUUUUUAUUGAGAUUCUCUUAGGUUAUCUAUUGCAAGAAUGAAUUCGCUGGAGAAAGAUGAUCUCAAGAAGAAGGAUGAGCAUGAUGAGAAUGUCUCUUUGCACCCUCCCAACUCUGCCAGUCCGCUUCCUCGUUCUCAGAAUUCACUUUCACCGCCUCCGGCUAAGAAAAUCCACGAAAAUAAGGAGAAUCCGACUGAACCUUCGAAGCCAGCCCCUCCUCAAGUGCCGCCAAAAGUGACCUCAUUGAAGGUAUGUUUAUUUUUUUAAAACGAGUUUAGUAUUAUGUUUAGAGGAUACAGAUGGAAGAAUUGGAAGAUGAAGAAUGGGAGGAUGAGGAGGAAGAAGAAGCGCUGGAGGAAGAACACAGCAAGAACAGCACCAUCAGCAGUACUACUCCCGUUACUAAUACUACUUUGUAUCUUCCAAAAACAUACCAAGUACCUGGGACCAACAGGGUUGCCGUCCUAGAAAGCGACAAGUCCCAGUCCAGUCAAUCAUCCUCAACUCUCUCAGUGCAGGCCGUUCUUCCAGCGCCGCGGAUGACGCCAGAAACGUCUUCUUUAUCUACAGGUACAUCCUACUCGAGUUCGGGUUCAGCUUCUUUGUCGAGUUCCCAAACAGCGUCAACAUCUUCUAGCCAACCUUCUUCUGGACAUCUCAAGGAUAGUGUAAGGAGCUUUUAGUAAUAUUUUUUGUCAUGCUUUUGCUUUCGGUGUCAGUAUGAGUUCCGAUUUAGUUACCUCGACAGGAAAACACUCCCACUUCCAUCAGUCAACAAAAAGCGUCGUCGAUUACCUCAAGGAAUGUAAAUUCAUCGCGAAAAUAUGAAUCGUUGGAUGAGGAGGAAGUGUCAGCAGAGACAGUUUCUUCUGCCUCUGAAGCCUCGAAUACCAGCGCUUCGAUCAGCUCCAUCCAGACCAGAAGUCGUUCGAUGACGCCCAAAGAUGUGAGUUGAAUCAUCCCCAAGCGCGCUUACAUUUCUUGUUUUGUGUGUCCUUCGAAAUGAGUCAGAAUUAUUUAUAUUGGCCAUUUAUUUAAAUUACUUUUUUUUCAGACAUCAUCGAGCCUCUACAGUAGCGACCAAAGUGUGAAAUGCACUCUUAAAGUUCAAUCACAACCCCAACCAGUUUCUGGAAGUGGAUCUUAUACUGGCGCCAAGAAAGAGACAUCGGAGCAGGCUUCAAAGCCGCCUGAACAAAAUCAAGAUCAGAGGCAGAGCCAGCAAAAGAAAUUGGAUUGGAUUCAGUCUCAGAACAUGGCCUUGAACCGAGCCCCUCUGGCCAGGAUUUCUAUGUCUCCGUCGUCGGAAUCCCUCAGCUCUUCAGAGUCUUCAGUUGUGUUCAGGAAGCCGUAAGUUGUGGAUGGGGGGUUUUCAAGGUUACGUUUACGGAUAUUCAUGUAGAAGACGGCUGGAGUUACAGGUUUUCCUAACUUGAAAUUGCAAAAAUGAAAUCCGUUUAGAGCGUGGUGUGAACAACGUAGUUGUUGUGUUGUAAUUUUUGUUUCUCUGUACGUUGACCCCUUUUCUUAUGCUUGUGUUUAUAUCGAGUUCUUCUUUUUUUGUCUAGAAGGACGCUCCUGGAAUUUUGUUGAUUCAUGUCACUUUUGACAUCAAACCGAAUCUUCGCUUUUUAUUUCUCUGCUUGCCUUUAAAGGGCUUACGUUAUAGUGCAAUACCGCCACAUCAGACGACACCGGGCAAGACAGGUAUAUCCUCGAACGGGAAGACAAUGUUGCUCAACUCGGCCCCUCCGAAGACUCCAUCCUCGGCGUCGUCCAUCAUCCAACGACUCAACAGCCUCACUCAGCCCACCGUGGCCUCAUUGACAAGACAGAAACCGCCGAUGCAGAGAUCCCAAUCAGUUGCAGCAGAAAAGACAUUGCCUCAGAAUCAACUUCCCUCUACUCCCUCAUCUGCGGUCAAUGCUCCUCCAUGGGUCGGGCAUUGGCGUUCCGAGAAGAAUACGAUUGCCAUCGGGCCUAAACCAAGUGUUAGCGGGAUGGUUAAGGCACAGGAGGGACAGAGGGAGAUCAGGACGUCGAGUGCCCUCUCCAAUGGAUCCGUUUCUUCAACCGCUUCCGAUGCCUUUCAGAAUCCUGUUUUCAGAAAGUACGUGACACAAUAUAUGUUCUUUUUGUUACUUGUGUUUUAUUUGGUUCUUCUUCUGUUGCUUUUGUUAAAAUAGACACGGAUUUCACACAAAAAUGAAACGCACAACAAAUUUGUGUCGGCAACUAAAAUUAACUGAUUAGUUUUAGGUCUAUACAACAAACUCCACCAACUCAACCGGCACCUCAAAAGGAAAGCGAAGCCGAGAGAAAGGCGAAGUCAAGGCUUCAAAGAGCCUCUCGGAGGUCAACUCAAGGAGUCACUCUUGAACAGUUGAAUGAAGUACGAGGAUGCACUCCCAAUUCUUCCUCGGCUUCAACCCCACCAAGUUCUCGGCAACAGAAUAUACCAGAAGAUGAAGAUAAUGGGAAAUGGAAGAAGGAUCGAGUAAGUGGGAGGUCCUUUUGAAUCAGUUGGAAAGUUCCUGAGGGUCGUUUGUAAGCAUUGAGAACAGAAUGAUACACAUGUCAUACUAUCUCUUGUGCGAAGCGAGCCCGAUCCCUCCAUGAUCUAUCUUACUCCUCUUUCUGAUUGCUUCUGGCUUAAAUAUUUUCGUUUUCUGAUUUGGGAUAAUUUUAGAGCUCUCUUUGGCCUACUUCGUGUGUUCUUUUCUAACCUCUUCGGCCAGUUCAGAAGAGUUGUGUAGGUAUAAAUGAUUAAAGAGUGCUGUGCGAAGUUGUUUUUGGGAGUGAAUCGACCAAAACAAAAUUCUAACCGCACUUUUGGUCUUUUUUUGGGGGUUUGCAGUUCAUCUUUCUUGUUCCGGUUUCUUCAUCCACUGUUAACACUCUGAAUGCCCAUUGAAACAGUAAUCCCUUUCUUUUAGUAUGGUGUACCCAAAGAAUCGAGUCAUUCUUUCGAGUCCCCUCAAGUCCGGUCCACUGUGCCCUCAGGGUCUGCUCUUUCCCAACUCAACCAAACCCAGACACCGCCCACUCUACCCGGAGAAACCCCAUCGGCAGCGAAGAUGAGACGAUCUCAGGUAAUUUACAGUUAAGUAGUCGUUUCGGUUACAUCGUUUUAAGUGCCGUGAAUUGUAGUUAGUUGGUAAUUGCAUUGUGAAUGGUAGUGUUUGUGUGUUUCAGUUAUUCCGCAACAAUCGACGAGGCACUGGACCAGUGGAUAUGGAGGCUUUGCUUCAAGAAUCUUCGGAUUCCAGUACGAGGGUGCCGCAUCAGGUUUGUUUUGCUUUGACUGUUUUUUACUCGGUAUUUCACACCACUCUAAAUUGGAUGACGUCACUUUCUAGUCGCAUCUGCAAUGGGAGUCUCGUGCUCUGAAUUCUUUUCUGCACCUUACUAACCCAAACGAUAGCAAUAAGCCUAGCACGGCUCGCAUUACACCCUUCUCUCAGGUGAUCUCUUUUGAAUUUUUCUUUAUCCGUCGCAAUAUGUUUGGUUUCUGCUUUCUCCUAACUUUUGUACGCUUGUGACGUGGGCCAUUUGGCUGCAAAGUGUAAAAGACUUGACCCGUCCCCGGUGAACAAAUAUAUCUCGUAUUUCACGCUUUCUUUUUGCCGGCCCAAUAAUCAGGAUCUCCGCCUUAGAGAUGGGGAACAUUCGACGGGGCCGAGAACGAGUAAAGAUGUUGGGAUUUACCUGUUUCUGCUCAGAACAGAGGUUUUUCGAAGGAAAUAUGGCUUGAUUAGUUUUGUCCUUGCCUCCGCUAAUUUGUUUGCUCAACUCGGAGAUUCACUUUUAAACUCUUGAAACCGAAGGAAUAAUCUUGAAGCAGGUCCUUCCAUUUCAAUCACUUAUUAGUGGACCAUGGCUCAGAGCAGGGCUAGGCAGAAUGUCCGCUCGGCGGUCAGACUUGGAAGAGCUCCUUCUUUGUCAUACUCGAACAAUUAUCUAAAGGAUUCAACUGCGUUUUCACGGCAUUUUGCUCAGACUGCUACUAGGUUUGAUAGUCUCCAGGAUGGAAAACGUCCCUCUAAUUUCAUGCUUGAUGUUCCACGCGAUGAUCGUCAUGGCAGUGAUAAUUUUGGAUGCCGAACUCUGAAGAGAAACUUUUCUUUCAAUGUUGUGGAACUCUCGGAAUCCCGGCGAAGAUCUUCUUCUUCACUCAACUCCCCCGCAAAGGUCGAGCCGUACCAAUGCCAAGGCCCCCGACUCAACGCUACGGCUGCUCAGCUGUCGGGAUAUAGGAGAAGUCAGUUCGUGAAAGCCGCAUGUAGACGGUCAGCAUCUCUCAUGACCAGGUAUAAACAAAGAACACUGGACCGCGAGAAUAUGAUGACCUUAAACAUAUCCGUCCAUGAACCCCCUCCAAAAGUUUCUAUAACAGAUUAUCAUCAGAAGUAUGAUGCGGACAAGAAGGAGGAUUUCUACACAAUGGAUUCGGGUUUAUCGGGAUAUAGACAGAGUUCUACUGAGUCUGACGAUCUCAGCGAGUUGUCAAUGGCUUCGGGUGAUGAGGUGCUUCAUUCUAAUGCUUUAACUUCCCUUUUUGAGCUUAAACAUAACAAUAUUCUUAUUGUUUUAAAAUUAUGUUUUUUUCAGAAUUCCGCGGACAAAUCGAAUUUGCCCAGUUAUGUGACCACUGGGGCCAUCCCAGGGAAGCCAAGUCAUUUGAGAAAUGGCGUGGAGAAAAAUGGAGAACAGAAUUAUAAGUUGCUUUACGAACAGAAGUGUGAAGAGAAUGACAAAUUGAAAAAGGAGCUCGAAACUCUGCGACAAAUUCAGGUUGGUAGUUAGUUUUAUAUUGUAAUAAAUGGGAGAUUUCUGAGCUUAUUGAAGUGGUGAUUUUAUUGCCCGGGCUUUAGUCUGGAUCUCCUUGUCUUGUCCCUGUUGGUGACUCUGCGGUGUCUUCCGGUCUUUGGAUUGCAUUGAAAUCGAUUAAAGCGCGCUCAUUUCAGCCCACCCUCAUCCAAUCUGGACCGAAUGUUCCAGGAGCGAUUCGGCGCGCCUACUCCGGAAUCACUGGAGCAACAACUCUGGGAACGACGCCUUCGAGUACAUCGUCAUCCAACGCGGGUCAUCACAAGUUCGAUUCGACUUCGAUCUCGAACUCCCUUUCCUCCAUAUCAGAUUCCUCCAAGUUGAUGGACUCCGAACGCCAUCAGUUCGAAAGGAGGAUCUCUGAGCUCGAAUAUGAACUUCAUGUAAGUAAAAAAAUGUUGCAGUACCGCUUUUCAAAAUAAAAUAAAACUGGGAAUGGUAAAUAUUAUGACGUUUAUAGAAAGCAAAACAGCUACAAUCCGAUCACAAACGACUGAAGGAUGAGAACAAUGCUCUGAUUCGUGUGAUCUCCAAGUUGAGCAAGGAGACCACAUCCACCCGUCCUCAGAAUCAGUCAGGAGUGGCUGGACUGACUGUCCAUUCGUCGUCUUAA